AUGGCACACACGUACACGAAGAACCUUCCACGAUUGAUUACGACAUUCUGCGAUGCGCCCCGACCCGAGUCAAUGUUCUUGUCCAACGAGUUCUGGGAAGCUGUUUAUCUGGACCCCGGCGAUUCUCUGGACAACAUGAGCAUGUAUUGCUGCAAUGACGAGCAUCCAUACUACGACGUCGAAUUCAACGCAUUCGACGAGACCGGCGACCUCGAAGACCAGGAGCUGGAAGCCUAUACAGGCUCGCAAUAUCCGGGCAGCAGUGACCAGAUCCAGAGCGCAGGCACAAGCCCAAUUACUCCAGCAAUCGUCGUAUCGCAGGACGGUACUUAUAGUGCCUCCGGGACAGAUUCUCCACGAUCAGUCGCGUCGUCCUUGGUUUGUCAUGGCGGACUUGAAUUCCAACCAGAAUCUCCAUGGCCACUGUCGCCGAAAGAGCCGUGCAAGCCUGCGACAAGCACACCACCGCGCGAACAACAUCCAAACGAGGACAGAUCGCCAUCACACAUCACGUUGGCCUCCUCAUUGAUACAAGCACUUAUGCGACUCUGUCGGGCCCCAACAAAUCCCUCCACUCCAGACUCGAUCGCGCCGGAUCAGGGGUCAGCUGUCUCUGAGUUUCCAUUGGACUCGAGCUGGACACAACAAGACGUGAGUUUAGAUGAUCAGCGACCGAUUGGCAUUUUCGGCCUUUCUCCGGUCUUCAGAUUGGGGGAGACUGCGGCCAGUUAUGGCCAGGCGUUCUCAGCAAUGGCUGGCGGCUCUUUACAGCUUCACAUGAAUGAGAUCUUGCAGCACGGCUCGGGGCAUAGUCCAAUCUGGGACCCCCGAGAGUCACUGGGGCGCGGUACAUAG